AGAGAGGAGGAACAGAGAGAAGAGAGGAGGAAAAGAGAGAGAGAAGAGAAGAGGAACAGAGAGAGAGAAGAGAGGAGGAACAGAGAGAGAAGAGAGGAGGAAGGGGAGGAACAGAGAGAGAGAAGAGAGGAGGAAAAGAGAGAGAGAAGAGAGGAGGACAGAGAGAGAAGAGAGGAGGAAAAGAGAGAGAGAAGAGAGGAGGAACAGAGAGAAGAGAGGAGGAAGGGGAGGAACAGAGAGAGAGAAGAGAGGAGGAAAAGAGAGAGAGAAGAGAGGAGGAACAGAGAGAGAAGAGAGGAGGAAAAGAGAGAGAGAAGAGAGGAGGAACAGAGAGAAGAGAGGAGGAAAAGAGAGAGAAGAGAGGAGGAAGGGGAGGAACAGAGAGAGAGAAGAGAGGAGGAAAAGAGAGAGAGAAGAGAGGAGGAAAAGAGAGAGAGAAGAGAGGAGGAACAGAGAGAAGAGAGGAGGAAAAGAGAGAGAGAAGAGAGGAGGAACAGAGAAGAGGAGGAAAAGAGAGAGAGAAGAGAGGAGGAACAGAGAGAAGAGAGGAGGAAAAGAGAGAGAGAAGAG